UGGGGGGUGUCUUUAUCUGUUUGUACCCCGAGGCCCCCUUUCUCUCUCUCUGGUUUGGGAAGAGGGGCCUGGAUUUAUUGAUUUGUGCCCCUCUUUGGGGGCAUCUUUUGGAAAGGGGGGGAAGACGAACCCUUCCUUUCUCCGGCUCAGAUCCCGCUUUGGGGAUUUUAGGGGGGGUCUUGCUUCAGUUAUUUGGGGCUUUUGUUUUCUGGAGAGGGGGGUCUUUAUUUGAUUGAUCUCCCCUUCUCUUUGGGGGGAUCCUUUUACAAAGAGGGCCCUUAAGUCCUCCAAACCCCUUUCUCCUGUUCCUUCUUUGGGGAUUGGGGGGGGGGGUCUUGCUUCAUACUACGAGGCCCUCUCUUCUCCUGCUGGAGUUUGAUUCUUUUUGUGGGAGUGGGCUCUUUCUUCUAUCCCCUUGGGGGGGAGGGGUGUCAUUUUGCAAACUCCUUUUUCCGCUGCAGGUGUUGCUCCUUUUGCAACCCCUCCUUUGCUUCUUGCAGCCUUGCAAGAGUUGCUUGCCGACGGGCCAGAUUCCUCUGCUCCCUCUUCCUCUUCCUCGGGGCCCCUUCCCCGGGGGCCCCUCCCCUCCCCCCUGGACCCCCGGAGGACCCAUCAUGCCCAGGUCCUUCCUGGUGAAGAAAGUCAAGCUCGACGACUUCUCCUCCUCCUCCUCGGCGGAUCUCGAGAGCAGCAACUACGCCAGGAGCAGGGCCGACUUCGGGGCCCGCAUCCAUGACAAAGGUGGCUACCUGGGCGAGUACAUCACUCCCUCAGCAGUCUAUGAGGGCAGUGAGAGUGAUAGUGGAGGGGGCAGUCUCAAGGUGCCCCCACCAGGAGGCAUCCUUUACCCAGGGAACCACCACCGAGGAGGCCCUGGCAGUGGAGGCACUGGCGGAGGAGCUACUGGGGGUCCAGUUGGCGGCGGGGUCGGGGGUCCCGUGGACUAUGCGUCUGGGGACUCAGCAUCACCAGAGAGUCCUCCCUCGGAGCUGUCUGGGGGCUACAUCAACGGGGAUGCGGCGGUGAGUGAGGGCUAUGCGGUGGACGCCUUCUUCAUCACUGAUGGGCGGUCGAGGAGGAAGGCAGCGGUUGGAGGUGGAGGCGGGGGUCCCGGAGGGUCCCGCUUGGGCCCCCAGCAGCAACUGCAGAAUCAGCAAGCCCAUCAUCCCGCUACUCCACACCCUCCGGGUUCGCAACCACGCCACACAUGCAGCGAGUGCGGGAAAACAUACGCCACGUCGUCAAACCUGAGCCGGCACAAGCAGACCCACCGGAGCCUGGACAGCAAAAUGGCCAAGCGUUGCCCGACGUGCGGGAAGGUGUACGUCUCCAUGCCGGCCAUGGCCAUGCACCUCCUGACCCACGACCUGAAGCACAAGUGCGAGGUGUGCGGGAAGGCCUUCAGCCGGCCCUGGCUGCUCCAGGGCCACAUGCGCUCCCACACGGGGGAGAAGCCCUUCGGCUGCGCACACUGCGGCAAGGCCUUCGCCGACCGCUCCAACCUCCGGGCCCACAUGCAGACCCACUCCGCUUUCAAGCACUUCCGCUGCAAGCGCUGCGCCAAGACCUUCGCACUCAAGUCCUACCUGAACAAGCACUACGAGUCCGCCUGCUUUAAGGGCAGUGGAGGUGGACCUGGAGCCGCAGGAGCCACGCCGCCCCAGGGACCCGGGACCCUCCAGUCCUGAGCCCGGACAACCUGGGAAGGCCAAGCACUGUGGGUCAAAGUCCCACACCCAUGGGACCCCUGACAGCCCCACCAGGACCCCUGGCUUUGACAGGAUCCCCUUCCCAUGGGACCCCCAAAGGCCCCGGCUUCCACAGGAUUCCCCCUAAGCACUGCAAGUCCCCUGCUUCAAAUCUCCAACACCUGUGGAACCCUUGACAGCCCCACCAGGACCCUCGUCUCCCACCCACAGGACCAACCCUCCCACGGGACCCCAGACAGCCCCACUAUGAGCCCUAGCUCUGACAGGACCCCUGCCCACAGGAUCCCCCACUGGACUCCCAAUGACCCCAAUGGGACGCCUGGCUCCAACAAGACCCCUGUAUACAGGACUCCCAAAGGUCCCACCAGGACCCCUGGCUUCAACGUGACUCCAUCCAAGGGCCCCCAUAGGGCCUCUGACAGCCCCACCAAUACCCUCUGGCUCCAAUGGGACCCCCAUCCAUGGGACCCUGAUGGAACCACCAGGACUCCCAGCUCACCCAGGGCGGCCAAGCAUUGCAAGUCCUCUACUUCAAGGACACUGCCCUGAUGCCUACGGGACCUCGAUGGGAUCCACCCACAGGACCCUUGAUGGCCUCACCAACCCCCAGCUCUGAUGGGACCCCCACCAAUGGGACCCUCUACAGGCUCCAGGACCCUCCAUCCCUAGGCACAGACCACAUACCGAGGGUGGCCAAGCACUACCAGUCCCCUUGUUUCAAAGCCCUGAAACCCCUGGGAUCCCCCUCCUGGGACUCUGAUGGCCUCACCAGGACCCCCUGGCUCCAAUGGGACCUCUACAGGCCCCUCCAGCCUUCAGCCUGGCCCACCCACCCAGGGCAGCCAAGGGCGGGACCGCACCACAAGGGACCCCUGACAGCCCCACCAGAACCCCCAACUGUGAUGGGCAUCUAUAGUUCUGUUCCUGACCCAGACCCCUAUAUCAAAUCCCUGAGGCCCCCAGGUCCUCAAAGGGACUCCUGACAACCCCACCAGGACCCCCGAUAGUUCCCCAGUCCUCUAUCCCUGACUCUGGCCCACCCAGGGCGGCUGAGCACAGCAAGUUGAGCCCACGGGACCCCCAACUAGGGGACCCCCGACCACAGGACCUCCUCUAGCCCUAAGCCAGGCCCACCCAGUGCCUAGGUUGUGGUCACCAUCGGGGAAACCCCUCCUCCCUCUUCCUCUCUCCCCCCCCCCCUGGGCCGGCCCCUCCUCAGCCCCCCCCUCCCCUCCCUCCAAAAGGGUCACCCCUUUCUUUAUAAAAAGCAAAAAAACGCCACCUAGUGGAACGCCACCAGAGAGAGAGAGCGUGCACCUGGCCAAACCGCCUCACCUGGGCACAGGUGGGCAGCCAGGAGCCAGGUGGACCCAGGCACUGGACAACCAAUCUUCCUCCUCCUCCUCCUCCUCUUGAAGCCAACUCAGCAGAAGAAAAAGGGAAAGAAAAAGAAGAGGAGGAGGAGAGGAGGCACGAUUCACAAUCGGUCAGGCGAAGGAGUCUCCUUUUUUUACACAAUGGUAUUUUUUUCCAUUUGCAGGACGGUUUCUAGCCCUUUUUUAUUAUUACUAUUAUUUAAAAGAACACAAAAGUGUCUGAUUUCUAUUUUCCUAAGCCUUUAUUGCUUUAAUACCUGUUUAUUUCACUAUGUUCGCUUUUGGGAAACAAAGAAUGAAAAAUGUAGAAGUAGAUAUACAGAUAUAUAGACAUAUAUAUAUAUAUUUAAGGUGGAGCCAUUCUGACAGAUCGAUCAAUCGAUUGAUUGAUCGAUUGAUGCUGGAGGCUGGGAGAAGUGCCCCCUCCCUCCAGGCCUUUAUGUUGGUGACCUUGAGCCAUUUACGUUGCACUUUCCCCCCUUUUCCUGUCUCUAUUUAUUUAUUUAUUUAUUUAUUUAUUUAUCCUAUUGUUUUUUUAAAAUGAAUUUUGCUUCUUUUCCCCCCAAAAAAGGGGGCUCCUCUUUGCACCGCUGUUGACUUCCAAUCUGUUGCCAAGACUUCUUUACUAUGCCAAAGUCUAAGUCACUUUUUGGGGGGCGGGGGGGGGGGGG